UAACUGCUUCGAGAAUCUGACCCCAGGUCCUCACAAUGGUCUAGGGCGUUUGCUAGAGAGUCCCAAGUGUGUGUGGUUUCGAAUCCUUCCCCAUGGGUCCUACUCAUCUUCUCAAUAGUAUAAUGUUAGUGUUAAGGGGCUGGUGGUAUAAUGUUAGGGUAAGAGAGAUGGUAAUAUAAUGGUAGGGUAUAAAGAGGGUAUCACACUCCAGACAGGAAGUCUGGAGUGUGAUUUCGGUAGCAAAUCGGUCGUUUAACUUUUAUCAAGUCAUAGUGGUUCAGGGGUUGGCGUCAGUGGCUGGGAGUCGCUCGGUCGCGGGUUCACCUCAGAGCUCCAGUUGAUUUUAUCAUUGAUACAUAUCACAUUAGUAUGAUUUCUCUGAGUAUCUGAAGUUGGCGCGUAUGGCGGAUGAACUUCGUUGUCUACAGCAGAGUGCUUAGGGGGGCUAUACAUAAAAACUUGGACAGGCUUCAGCAGAGUCCUCCAGACUUCGUUCUAUUCACUCCAGAAAGUAUCUUUGUGGAGCAUAAGCCCCCAAAAUGUCCUUGAAAAUGCUGACCAGACCACACACUAGAAAGUGAAGGGGCGACGGCGUUUCGGUCCGUCCUGGACUAUUCUCAAGUCGUCUGUCCUUGAAACACCCUAUCCUGCCCCUUACAAACUGAUGUGACGGUGAAAUCUGUACCUUCCCUAAAUUUAGUUUAAGAUAAUAAAGUUUGAAUAGAAUAAUUUAUCUAGCUAACGAAGUAGUCCGAGGUUAGCUUUCUCGGGCCAUAUUUGUAAUUUUUUAUGUUAUUCUUCAGCGUGUGUAGAGAGCGUGAUGGUUGUAAGGCUAGAGGAGGAUGGCCUAGCCUCCAGCGAGAGCGUCGCCGUGUACAGAGGGACUCUCAGCCGGGCCAACCAUCUCUUCUCUCUCACCUUCUGCGUCAGGUUCAAGAUAUUUUUUCUACAGCAGCGUGGCACGCUGUUCUUCCUGUACGACAGUGUGGAUAAUCGCUAUUGGAUGCUGAGAGCUGAGGUGUGGCUGGACAAGGUGAGGGUGGCUAUCUCACACACCUGGCACUUUAUGCCUCUCGAUAACCAACUCUGGGCCUUCAGGUGGUACCAUCUUUGUUUCACCUAUAACCACCUCACCUUCUUGAUUAAAACCUUCCUUGAUGGAGUGGGUGUGAGAAACAGUUCCUAUAACGUCAACCGGCCGGCUUUCGGGGACUACGCUGCCGUGGGCAAUGGCCAGGCCGCUGCCGAGAGCUUCAGCGGGGACAUUACUCAGGUCAAUGUUUGGGACAGUAUACUAGGUGAUACAGACAUCCAGAAAAUGGCGGCCUGCCAAACUGACCCCAAGGGAAACUUCCUCUCGUGGGAGGCGGGCUGGACACUCCACAACGUAACUUCUUAUGACAUGUCAUUGGACAAAUUUUGUAAUCAAGAAGUGGGCAAUAUUUACUUCUGGUUUCCUGAUGUUACUGACGACACCGCUCAGUACCUGUGUGAAGCUCUGGGCACUCACCUGCCGCUAAUAAAAAGCUUGCAAGAUGCUCAGUACCUGUACCAACUCUCGCAGAAAAUGUGGCCUAAAAGUGACCAUUGCCCUGUCUACAUCUGGACUCCUCUCAAUGAUAAGAAACAAGAAAAUGUUUGGGUAGCUUCUUAUGACAAGAAUUAUAUCGAUAAUUCCUCCUAUUGGUCUCCAGAUGAGCCUAAUGGUUAUAGAUAUGAAAACUGUGCAGCAGUACGAAUAGACGGACUGAUUGACGACGAUUGCUCCUGGCGUAGGUGCGCACUCUGCACGUUUACGGAACCCAAGAGAUUUUCCUUGCUAGGGACAUGUGAGCCAGAACUGCGUAACAUUUACUUUGUCGCGUACCAAGAGGAAUACGGUGGUUUGAUCUUCAGGAGUUACGGAUCAAACCACAUUAAGAAAGUGAAUGGGACAUGGAUUUACGUAAACGAAGUGGAAGACUACAUUAUAGCCAAGAUGGAAGAAUUUGAUCCCGACUUUCCAAUGGGGCGCAGAUGGUGGCAACUGGAGAGAGAGGUGUGUGGCCAGCCAAGCGGUGGUCGACGUCUCAUGCUACUCACACCUUGUCUCUCUAACCAUUAUACAUGUGAUGACGGGACCUGCAUCCCUCACCACUAUCGCUGUGAUCUCAAAUAUGAUUGUAGAGAUCUAAGCGACGAGCUGGAAUGCGAACUCAUCUUAUUCCCCAAAGAUUACCACCAGAAUCUUCCUCCAAGAGUGCCUGGGAAGGAGGACUCGAAGCUUCCAGUUGUCAUAAAUGUUAUCAUUAAAUCCAUAGAUAUCCAGACGGUAGCGAUGUCCAUGAAAUUAUCUUAUGAAAUAGAGAUGAUAUGGUUUGAUAAUAGGCUCCAGUAUUAUAAUUUGAAGUCAAAUGACAGCUUAAACAGCCCAACCGUAGACGUGAUGAUGAAAUUGUGGUCGCCGCUGGUGAAGCUUCUCAACACUGACACCAUCGACCAAACACUCUUGGCCGCAGAUACCAACACUUUUGUCAAAAGAUUCACUCAGCCCUUCGGAAGGGACGAGGGAGCUGCUGGUGAAGUGGACAUGUAUUCUGGAGAAGAGAACCCCAUAUCUGUGAGCAGGAAGUACAGCACAGUGUACGCCUGUCAGUGGAUACCUUCACUUGACCCCUUCGUGGUCGUCGCCAUCAGCCUCUUUGCGUUGUGA